ACCAGAAACAAACUUACAGUCUAACUUCAGGGCAAACAAGCGCCCGAGGACACAGAAACGGUAUUGGUCAGUCACCUGAUUACGUGGCCGAACGCGGAAGUAAAGCGUCUCCGUGAUGUGAACAAAAUGAUUGGAGAUCUGUUGAUAUUCGGGACCUUACUGGUGAAUGCAGGGGCUGUGCUGAAUUUCAAGCUCAAAAGGAAGGAGUCCCAAGGAUUUGAAGAUGAGUCCAGAGCACCUACAACAGGUGACAACAUCAGAGAGUUUCUGCUCAGCCUGCGAUACUUUCGGGUCUUCAUCGCUCUAUGGAACAUCUUUAUCAUGUUCUGCAUGAUUGUAUUGUUUGGAUCAUGAUCAACAUUUGAGGCUACCGGACUUCCACCAAGAUGGACGCUAUAAAUGUCUCCUUAAUAAGACUUUGCUGUUCUUCUGGACCUUUUUAACUGUAAUUACGCUUCAUUUUCUUUGAGCCCAAACCAAUCUCCUUGCUGUACAGAAACUUUUUGUUGUAGCUGUAACUGCACCAGAACCCCUGCCUUUGCUGAAUAUGUGUUGUCUUGUGCCCUUGUGCUUCAUUAUAGAGCAUGAGCUGUUUUCUCCAGCUUGUCAGUUUACUUAUCAGAGAAACAGCAGUGUUGAAAGCAAUGGACAGCCCUCCCUUACUAACAGGAUGUUUUCUGUGGCUUGUUUCCUGUGUGUCAUCAUUUAAGGGUCUUGUUCUGCCCUAAAACCUCACAUACAGUAAUCAAAUCUGGUGUUGAAGCUUGGAUCCAACAAGACAAGAUCACUAUCACAUAAUGAACUCUAAAUCUCCUCUGUUUGUGAUAUAUGGCACAAGCAUCUUAAAUUUUACUCAGCUACUCUUGUGAGUGUCAAUACAGAAUAUCUUAAUUAAGCUUCUCAGACUUCAAUAAAAUGCCAUUUUCAUUUACUCUGGCACACGUGCUAUAAGUAAAUGUAUAUGCACUAUAAUGUAAAUGUAUCCUUUUAGCAAUAAAAAUGCUGUUUUCUCA